AAAAAAUGCAAAAGUUUCGGAAAAUGUCCUCUUUUCUUUGAAAAGAAUAAAUAAAAAUAAAAAAUGGACGAGGAGGACUUUGUAGGUUGCAUCAGUUGCAUGAGCACCAACGAUUUAUGCGACCUGUUUGCUGCGUACGCGGAGAACGAGGAAACUUACGCGAAAAUGUUUGAAACCUGCUUUGAUAUCAAGGUUACCAACGAUAUAAAAUACAUUUGCGCCGUAUGCGUCGAGAAUUUGGAGAAAGCAGCCGCAUUCAAGGAACAAACUACCAAAAAUAUGGCAGUUUUCCAAAGUAUCAAAGACGAGGAAUACUUGGAUGAGACGAUACUCGAAGAAGCAGACGGCUCCAAUCCUGACGACAAAGGUGCGGGCAAGUCUAAAACGGACAAUGACGAUGAUGAUGACAUGUAUGAUGACAUAGACGAUGAACAUGCGAUCCAAUCGCUAGACGAUACAAUCUGCAUAUACUGCGAGUUGCAACUACCCACAGCAGAAAUGGUGGGGGAGCACAUAAGAAGCGUGCACGAAAUCGAACCCAGGACCGGUAUGAAGCUAAGAGAGUGCACGCUGUGUGGUGUACUGAUGACACGUCCGGCUGACCACGCUGACAGGUGUCACGGAAUCAAGUCUGAAAUCGAGGGUAGGAAGUACCCGUGCCACUUUUGCGAUAACAUCUAUAAUAGCAAGAAGGCUUGCUUCACGCAUCUACGGAUGAAGCAUGGACUGAAACUGUGCAACGACCAAACCCCCAAGCUGACGACGCGCGAACGCAAGAAGUGCCACCUCUGCAACAGAGACUUCAGCCAGAAGCAGAUUCUGAACAAGCAUUUGUGGAAGGCGCAUGGAUUUGAGGUAGAGAAGCGCAAGGCGUUCAUCUGUCCGCUAUGCGAUGAGCGGGUGAGCUACGGCUCUCACUUCAGCGCGCAUUUGUUACACGCGCAUCGAGUGUUCGAGCAAGUGGAAGAGUUGGAAUUCUACUCUAUGGACGAUUUCAUGCUAUUCAAGAGCGCUAUUCAAGAAGAGACCAAGUACCGCUUCAGAAAGACAACGGCCAGCAAGCAAACUAUAGAGGGAGUCCGUUCCCAUUACAUGUGCAGCCAGUCCGGCGUCUAUGUGUACCAGGGUAAAGGGAAGCGUCCGGCGCCGGAACGGCAGAUCUACAAGACGGGCAAGGCGUGUCCCGCGCACAUGAUCGUCACCGAGACCAUGGACCGCGUGCUGGUCACCUUCUACAAGACGCACGUGGGCCACGGGCUCCGGUCGCCGAGCAGAUAG